UCCGCGCUCCCCGAGAGCUGGGACUGGAGGAACGUCAACGGCGUCAACUACGCGAGCACCACUCGGAACCAGCACAUCCCGCAGUACUGCGGGUCCUGCUGGGCACACGGCAGCACCAGCGCCCUGGCAGACCGAAUCAACAUAAAGAGAAAAGGAGCAUGGCCUUCUGCCUAUCUCUCCGUUCAGAAUGUGAUUGACUGUGCCGAUGCAGGAUCCUGUGAAGGCGGAGACCACUCCAGUGUUUGGAAGUAUGCCCAUGACCAUGGCAUUCCAGAUGAGACCUGCAACAACUACCAAGCUAAGGAUCAAAAGUGUAAGAAGUUUAACCAGUGUGGCACUUGUGUCACUUUUGGAGAGUGCCAUGUCAUAAAGAACUACACUCUCUGGAAAGUUGCUGACUAUGGGUCUGUCAGUGGAAGAGAAAAGAUGAAGGCAGAAAUCUAUACUAAUGGACCAAUUAGCUGUGGCAUAAUGGCUACUGAGAAGCUGGAUGCUUACAGUGGAGGACUUUAUACAGAGUACAACCCCUCACCUGUGGUGAAUCACAUUGUAUCUGUGGCUGGCUGGAGUGUAGAAAAUGGAACAGAAUACUGGGUUGUUCGUAACUCCUGGGGCGAACCCUGGGGUGAAAGAGGGUGGCUGAGAAUUGUGACCAGUGCAUAUAAAGGUGGAAGAGGAGCAGAAUACAAUCUUGCUAUUGAAGAGGACUGUGCAUAUGGAGAUGCUGUACUUCCUUGAUUCCAUAGCGUACAUCUUUGUGUUCAGGAGCUACUUUGGAAGCUUCCCAGCACAACCUUUUUCUGUUUAAAGGAUAGUAGUCUAAAACUCCUUCACAGUUCAAUACCAUUGGGCAGUUCUGCAAAAUUAGCCCACAGAGCAACACACAGUGUCUUCAAAGUAAAAUAAAUAGAGCUGCCUUCAGGUAUUUACAACUUAAA